AUGGUAAUGCCAACUUGCGUCAGCAACGCCGUCUGUCUUGAAACACGAGUACUUAUUGAUUUGCCCUCGUAUGCGACUUUAGCAGUAGAUGAUUGUUGGCGCUUGGUUAAGUCGGAUGUUUUGCCGCCCGAUAUCGUUUAUGGGGGUGACACUAGCGCCGAUUUGGCAGUGGCAGAGGGUGACAACGCGACUUUGAGCUGUCGUGCAACAGGACAUCCACCUCCGAGAGUGUCCUGGCGGAGAGAGGAUGGAGAAUCCAUUGUCAUAAGGGCUUCCACGGCAGGUGGUAGCACUUUCGAGAAGCAUGAUCACUACAACGGUUCACUGCUGCAUUUCUAUCGUGUCGAGAGGCGGCAAAUGGGGGCGUAUCUCUGCAUCGCUAGCAACGACGUGCCGCCAGCGGUUAGCAAACGGGUGACGCUCGCUGUGAAUUUCGCACCUGUCGUAAAAGCACCUAACCAGUUAUUGGGCGCUCCUUUGGGUACAGACGUGCAGCUCGAGUGCUAUGUCGAAGCAUUUCCGAAUACGAUCAAUUAUUGGGUAAAGAAUCAACGAGGCACAGAAGACGAAAUGUUAUUGGAAGGGUGA